GCAAAGAGCAAAAGAACAACAGCAAAUAAGUGAAUUAAUCAUUUUGACCCUAGUGGUAGCUACCAGUAGCUAGGGAAUUCACACGUACCAAAAUGGGAGGACGUUGGGCCACCUAAAAUAUAGUAUAAAUUUGUCAAAUCUGUAAAGAUAUUCAAACACUUGUUGCUCGACACGUAGGAAAGUUCAUUGAACGCUGAGACAGGACUAAUGGCAGCAAUCAGGCGCAGUCUCGCACCAGGCAAUGCACCUGCCCUGCCUGCCAAUCAACGGCUUAGCUAUUGUCCUGUCUGGCAGGCAAGAGCGGCCCCAAAGGAGCCUCGACAGCUUUCUUUCCUCCUCAUAAAUGCCAACGCACGCACACUCCCGGGGCUUUGGCACAUUCGAUUUUUGUUGUUGCUGUGGCAGUGGCGCUGGCACUGGCAGUGGCAGUGGCAUCAAUUAAAUUCGAAUUGUUGCAGUGUCUUCGAUGGAUCUAUCAGGCAAUGUUCGUGCCUCCACCUUUGCCUUUGCCCCCAGGCUGUAGACUUGGCUAAUUGUUUAGGUGUGUGGCGGAGCACAGCAACACACCGCUCCACUUACUCCUCCUGCAAUCGCUGCAGGGCCAACGUCGCGUCCCCGUCUCCUCAAUGUGCCUGUGGUUGUCGCUUAACUUUUGCAUAUUUCGCACGGGCGGAGAGACGGGCGGGGGGGCAGAGAGAGCAACCAAAAACCACUCACUUGGCUGGCACGUGAAGCCAUUACGAUGGCAGGCAAUUAUGUGCGUGUUCCCUCCGCUGCUUUCUGGAUAGUCGGGCGGUGGCAGCGGUGCGGCAGCGGUGCGCUGGCGGGACAUACGCAAAUCACAAGCAACAAAAACAACAACAGCAAUGAAGAGCCACGAAAUGGGUUUUUAAUGCAAACGACUUUUCCCUUCAAAAGUUGCACACGGAGCACGGCCAAGGUGAAUGCACAGAACACUACAAAAAAGCAAAACAAAAUAAAAACAGAAAGAAACAAAAAACCACCACCGAUCAGCAGUGUGGUGAGAAAGUGUGUACACAUCAUCACAAUUUGUCUUUUUCUUUUGCGUAAAAUCGGCUUUAGGUUGUAAAUAGCAAAUAAAUGGCUUGUGUAUCUGAUAAUAAGGGAUUUUUGGCAUCAUCCUGAUCAUAAUUCGAAAUGCAUUUAAUAUUUCACCUGGAGUUAAACUUACUGGCUGAUCGUGUGCACGCGCGGCUUUCGUCUGAUGCAGUCAGCUCCGAAAAACAGAGAAAAUACAGCACAACUUUAAGCCAAUUCCUGCAUUUGAUGCCACUGCAUUUGGAUUGCUUUCAUUUGAAGCAUAUGCAAUGGACUCUAGUAAUUGCGGUGUACCGCCUGCAGCCCAGUAAAUCCAAUGUUUUGGUAUGUUUAGAAGCAGCAGCAACAAGCCAAGCCCAAGCCCAAGCCCCAUAUUCAUAUGCUGCAUGCGGAUUUGGAUGUGUGUCUGUCUGUCUGUCUGUCUGUCUGUCUAGCUGUCAGUCGUCCUGGUGAUGUGGUGGUAGGACGCCUUUGCCGUGGGGCCUAAACCAGGUACUGGGUACUGUAUAUUGCCUCCAAAAGAGCUUUAAAUAAACAAACUAAUAACAGAAAUCACGAAGCAAUAGGCAAUGGGCAAUAACUGAAUGUGGAAUGCGGAGCAGAGGAGGAACGGUGUGUGUGUGUGUGUGUGUGUGUCUGUGUGUGUGUGUGUGGAAUAAGGACAACGAGGCGACGCGACGCUAAGCGACUGUCUCCUGACUGCACCAUAGGUAGGUCUAUGGCAACCGCGCCAAUAUGUACAUAUACAUAUGUAUAACCCGAAUAAACAAACUAAUAAAACAUGCCCAGAGCAGACCCAGGACGAGGGCUUAGGCUUUAGCACCACACAGACCAAAACCAGACCAGACCAAAACCAGACCAGAACCGUUGCCAGUGCCCGUGCCAGAGGCAGUGCCAGCGCCCGAGACCGAAAAACAUUCGAUGAGGAAAAGACUGAACUGAAAAAAAAAUCAACCAAAAUUGAACCAAACAAAUUUUUGGGCGGAAGAGAGGAAAACCACGAGCCGAGUGGAUAGUAGAGGCAGCCACUGCAACGGAAACAGAGCGCGCGACUCAAGUGGAAAGUGAAGCGAACAGAAGCGGAAGAGGAGCAGCAGCAAUAACUGUAACUGUAGCUGUAGCUGUAGCUGUAACUGUAACUGUAUCUGUGGAAUCCAUAAUCCAACGUCCAGCCAAUGAAUUGAAUGCAAAACGCAAAUUAGAUAACCGAAACCAGGUGCAUCUCUCCUCCUUUUUGGUCCACGCCCCUUACUCCCGUAUUAUGCAACGCUAGGAAGCGCAGGCUCUGGAUAGACAGGAGGAGAAAAUUGGGAAAGAAUUUGGAAACCAUGUCGGAAGCACUUGCGGAAUCGCUCGCUCGGAUAGAACUAUUAUGAAACUCGAAGGUGGAAGUCGCACGCACGGCAACGGCCCAGGGUCUGGUGCAGGGGCAGGGACAGGCACAGGGACAGGCGCUGGUGCAGGUGCAAGGGCAAGGGCAAGGGCAGCCAAGGACAACAACGGCGACGGCGGCGGCAACACAUGCCAGGCGUCGCACGCUGAUCUCCAUGGCCAAAUGCCACAGCAGGCAGUACUCAACGCUCAAUGAAGAGUCGCCCGAGUCGCCCUCACCAUCGCCAGUGCCAGUGCCACAGCCAGUGCCAGCACCCGUCCCAGUUGCAGCUCCCGUCCCGUCGCCACAACAACAACAACAACAACAACAGAACUACUUACCUCAAACAUCUUUGCUGAAAAUCGAACCGUUCGUUCCUAGUUUUAAUCAACGACUUCGCCGGCGUCCUAUUGGUCGCUCCCAUAGCACCCUAAGCCACAAUGUCAUCGCACAGAAGCGUCAUCCAGUGCCCUCCACAGCGGCCGCAGCGGCAGCCCAAUACCAACAGCAGCAGCAGCAACAGCAGCAGCAGCAGUCGGAGCUGCAAGUGGGACAUCCCCAACAGCAGCAGCUGAAGCGCAACUACGGCACCGCCGCUCAGCUGCGAAAUCAGCAAAGGAAUCUGCAUCGUGGCGUGGGCAUCACACGUCAACGCUCCAAGUCGACGUCCUCCUCGGCGGCAUCGAACUGCCGCCCGGCAACGGCUGCUGUGACGCCCAACACGCUGGUGGGCAGCACGGGUGGCACGCUGGUGAGCGGAGCAAUUGUCACGCCGCAGCCGAAUGGCAUCUGUCGCAUCCAGCGGCUGGCCAAGGAGCGCGAGGAGCUGCCCGAUCGCAUCAACUACGAUCGUCGUGGCCUCACAGCCAUUCCCAUCUUCGAGCAGGAGCCAAAUCUGCGGCUGCUGUCGCUGCAGCACAAUCUGAUCAACACUUUCCACAUACCCAAGGAGCUGCCACCACCGCCGCCGCCGUCUGUGCCUGCUCCUCCGCCAGCAGUGGCCACGCCAAGGGAUGAGUACAACAAUCACUGCAAUGGGAACGCAAGGGAGAGCUCCGAUCUGGGCGGACACACGCGACGCUCUGGCCUGCGGGGUGGACAUCAGCAGCAGCAGCCGCGCCUGACGCGUGCCAUGACCAAUGCCGGAGCAAAUCAUCUGUCGCCCAAGGCUGGUGGUAGUCCGGGCAGUCCGCUGACCACCCAAGCGCUGGCCAUCAACGGCGGUGGAGCCGGAGGACGCUCGAAGCUGCCGAAGCGAGGCUACAACUACGGGCAGGCGCAGCUGGAGCCGCCGCCUGCGCUGCGAAUGCGCUAUGGCAUGGAGAAGUCGAAGAGCUUCAUGUCCAGCAGUCUGCAGGCGAUGAAGCACCAGCAGCAGCUGAUGCAGCGCAGGGCCAAGCUGAAGGCCACAGGCGGAGCACUGGCUGGGAGCAUACUGCAGAGCUGCGACGAGAGCAGCGCCCUGAAUGGCAGCACCCUGUCGCUGUGCGGCGGACUGGGCGAGGAGGAGGAGCCCAGCGUGGCCUCCAGCUGUGCGCUGGAGCAGCUGAGCAUCAAGAACAAGCAACUGAGUCUGAGCGCCAGCUACGGCAGCAUCUUCCAGCAGUUGGUCUUCCUCGAUCUGUACGACAAUCAGAUCGAGCGGAUAGCCAAUCUGGAUGGCCUGCCAGUGCUCUCGGUGCUGCUGCUGGGCAAGAACCGCAUCACGGACAUCGGUGGACUGGCCUCGCUGAAGGACUCGCUCCGCGUGCUCGACCUGCACGGCAACAAGCUGACGACGCUGGGCAGCCGCAUCAACUGUCUGCAGCAGCUCAAGUCCCUCAAUCUCGCCGGGAAUCAGAUACGGCAGAUCAACCAGCAGGACUUUCUGGGCCUGCGCUGCCUGCGGGAGCUCAACCUGAAGCGGAACAAGCUGCGGCGCAUCAACGGAUUCCAGCAUUUGGUGGCCCUGGAGCGGCUGUGGCUGUGCCACAACGAACUGCACAAAGUGGACGACAUGGCGAGCAUAGCACGCGCCUCGCGGCUGCUCGAGGUGACCAUCGAGAACAAUCCCGUGUCGCUGGCCGGCGACUGUGUGUCCUUUCUGGUGUCGUAUCUGCCGCUGCUGCAGUCCCUCAGCCAGAUGCCCAUCACGGAGCAGGUGAGACGCGCGGCGCUCGCCUGGCGCCAGCACAAGGAGCAGGCCCAGUCCACGCACGGCAGCUCCGAGGCGUACCACAGCAUCCGCCGGGAGGAGGUCAUCUCGAAUGCGCGCACCAACUGGGAGCUGCUGCGUUCCCAGCAGACCAUGGGCCGCCCCAAGAGCCGCCUCACCAGCGAACUGGCCAAGAUCAACGAGUCCAACGAGGGCACUGCCAACGAGGAGCCCGAAACAGAGUCCGAACAGCCCAAGGAGGAGCUGCAGCUGGACGAGCUGCAGGCACUGACCAAGCUGCCGCCCAUCGCCAAGAAACUGCCAGAGGAGGAGGGCGUCUCAUCGGAGGCCUCCAGCCUGGGACCGAAUGUGGACUCGUGCUCCAGCUGCUACAGCAGCGACAACGAGGAGGGAGGAGCAGGCACCAGCAGCAGCAGGAACAAACCCCCGACGACGCCGCAAAUGAAGAUCGAUGAGAACUGCAACAGGGUGCUGGAAGGAGGAGUCGAUUCGCCUGUGCCUCCACCGCAAGACGCAGCAAAGACAGCGGCAGCAUCGCCCUCACCGCCAGCUCUAACGCUAACGCCACCCGCCGCUCCUGGCACGCCUGUGCCGUGCUCCACGCCCACACCGCCAGCGCCAGCAUCCAACACAGCCACGCUGCCAGUGCCCACGGGCAACACAGGGAGCUCGAGCGGCAGUCGUCCGGCCAGCAGUAAGCAGCGUCCGAGGCAUGCGCCCAUCACGCAGCUGGGACUUCAGAUAAAUCGUGGUGGAGGAGGAGGAUCCUCCAAGCGGUACAUGCCUGGGAGUCUGGUGAGAGCUCAGACCGUGAGCAGCAGCACCAGCAACAGCAGCAGCUCCAACAGCACGGGACGGGCGAAGGCCACGCCCAAUGCGCUGUCUGUGGUGCCAACGCAGAGCAAGGCAGCGACGGCGGGGACAAGCGGCAGUGCUGGGCAACCCUCUGCCGCAGCAGCAUCAAGCGGAGCAACGGCAGCAGCAGCUGGAGGAGGAGGAUCAGCAGCCACACCUGCAGCAGCCAUCACCGUUUCGAAGCCGAGUGCAGCGGAGCGAGAGCGGGAGCAGGGCGGCGACUACCUAAUCGAGAUCUGCGGCCGUUACCUGAACAUCUAUGGCCAGGGAGCGCUGCGCUUCAUCGACAAGCAGUGGAACCCGGCCAAGGCCAACGACGUGCACACGCUGAACUUUAGCUACAUCAACUUCAACAGCAUCGUGUCCAUUCUGGGCAGGAUCAAGCUGCGCUUCCCCCACGCCGAGCACUUUGUCUUCCGCGAAACGAACAUCAGCUGCCUCGGCCAGCUGAAUGGACUGGCGGAGCUGCAGGGCCUGGGCAGCCUGCUCAUCGAUGCGGAGGGCAACGGCAUCACGGCGAAGGUGUCCUGGAGAGCGUACGCCAUCUACAGGCUCUCCCACUGGGGCCUGAAGCAGCUGAACGGCCAGGAGGUGACCGAGGCAGAGGUAGAAGCCGCAAAUGCCAUGUAUGCCGGACUCUCCGAUCUCGUGCUGUGGUCCAUGCCCGAGGUGAUGCUGCAGCCGCUGCUGGCCCGCCUCCGCCUGGACGAAACGUGCACGGCCAGCAAGCUGUCGCCCAAGGAGUGGCUCCUGCGGCCAGACAAUAAAUCCCUGCGCCUCGUCGUGGGCAAGGAAGCGCUGCAGUGGAAGAAGAAUGCAGCCACAGCGCCCCCAGUCAGUGCCACGCCAACGGCAGCAACAGCGACUGAGAGUGGAGCCAAUGCUCUGGCGUGCAGCGCCAGGGAUCGGGGCAGGCAGCACUUUGCCCUGCUGCUGGAGAACACCUGCAAUGCGGUGGAGAAGCUGCACAAGCUGGAGACGCUCUGGCCGAGCAUGCUCAUCGAUAUUGUGCGCAAUACGCUGCUGGACUACGCACAGCUGGACGUCUAUCUGCGUAAUCUCAUGUGUGAGUUGAUGAAGUGAGGCGAGAAAGGUACUGGUUUGAGUGGAGUUUGUAGGCUUAUUAGUUAGAGGAGCACCAACCCGCAGCGAUACGCUCCUAGGCAUUUACAUUCGACCAAUCCCAUUCGUGUAAGGCAUACAGGCAGGCAGGCAGGAGGCAAUAUCUGCAUACAACUAGUCCAAUUUU